AUGGCGUGUUUGAUUUCUCAGCUGGCGGCGAAGUUGGCCUUCUUUCCGCCGUCGCCGGCGACGUACCAAGUGAAGACGCGCGACGACGGGCGCGUGGUGGCCGUGUCCGCCACCUCGGCGGCGACCAUUUCCGGCGCCGCCGAUGACCCUUCUCUGGAUGUGCUCUUGCUGGACACUAAGAGGGGUAACAAGAUCGUAGUUUUUUUCCUGAAGAACCCUUAUGCUAAGCUUACUGUGCUAUAUUCUCAUGGCAAUGCUGCUGAUCUGGGCCAGAUUUAUGACUUAGACCAAGGCUUCAAGGCGGUGUCAGCCACCGUGUUCUACAGCGCCGAAGCGGCCUUCCGCUGCCUGUCGUGUGAUGCCAAGAUCCACGCCACCAACAAGCUCGCAUCACGCCACGCACGCGUCUGGGGGGAUGCUGCUGCUCUCUGUGUCGCCUGGGAUCGCGACAUCUACUCCGUGAACCCAGUGGCGCGCCGCCACAACCAACUUCCCGUGGUGCCGUUUUACGACUCCAUCGUCGUCGCAACUAAAUCCUACGGCUUCGACUUCGCUUCCCUGGGCUAUGAAAGUACUUCAGUAACGAGCCCGAUAACUAGAACCCGGAAGAAGCAGAGGAGGAAGCAAAGGCGGCGGCGUAGAUGCUCCCUACUCCAGUCUCCGACCACAAACAGAACCCUAUAA